AUGAGGUGGUGGAUCAUGUUCCGCAACGUCGACGGGCUCACCGUGACCGGCGACGGGACCAUCGACGGCAACGGCGAGACGUGGUGGAAGAGCUCGUGCCGGGUGGACAAGAAGCUCAAGUGCGCCAACGCCCCGAUGGCGCUGCUGCUCAGCAGGUGCAACAACCUCACGGUGGAGAACAUCCAGCUACUCAACAGCCAGCAGAUCCACAUGUCGGUCGAGGACUGCCAGGACGUGCUCCUAAAGGGCAUCACCAUCACCGCCCCCGGCGACAGCCCCAUGAACGACGGCAUCCACAUUGCGCGCACCAAGGACAUCCAGGUCCUGGAUUGCGACAUUAAAACAGGGGACGACUGCAUGUCCAUCGAGACCGGAACCGAAAACCUCUACGCUUCGAGGAUAACCUGUGGCCCGGGACACGGGAUCAGCAUCGGGAGCUUAGGCGACGACAACUCCGAGGCUCGAGUCUCUAACAUAACAGUCUACAAGGCGCACCUCUCCGGCACGACCAACGGCGUGCGCAUGAAGUCGUGGCAGGGAGGAAAAGGGUACGCCAAGGACGUCACGUUCGAGGACAUAACCAUGGAGGAGGUCCAUAACCCCAUAAUCAUCGACCAGAACUACUGCACAUCGGUCGAUCCCGCCAACCCUAAGCCGUGCAAGAAACAAACUUCGGCGGUGGAGUUCAGCAACAUUCGGUUCAAGAACAUAAGGGGCACGAGCGCGACGAAAGAGGCUAUCAAGCUGGACUGCAGCGACACCGUCCCAUGCCGCGAUAUAUUGUUGCAAGACGUGAAGCUUACUUUUCAUGACCGUGGGCACAACCACAAGCACGCUUCUGCAACAAGUGUAUGCAACAACGCCAAGCUAACCGAAUCUGGCACCAACGUAGAUCCCAAGCCCUGCUGA